AUGAGUCAAAAUAAUAGAAAAGGAAAGGGAAAGGGCAGAGGCGGACAAGCAAGUUCGAGCGACAAUUCUAAUAGCAAUACUCCAAAUGGUGGUCGACCACAAUAUAUGACUGUUGGACCUGGAAGUGCACCGGAAAGUGCUGCAAGACUACAAGCGCUCCUUGACAAUGACUCUGGGUAUGGAGGUAGUGUGGCUGGCGAAAGCUCGAACGGGAUUCCAUCAUGGAAUCCUACACUGACACCGGAUAGACCUACUCCUCCACCCUCUUCCCUUCCUCGAGGACAAUCGAAUGAAGUUUCUGAGAACGAGAGACGGUCGCAGGCAAAUGCAAUACAUCAACUAUGGUACAACCAACAUCGGGUCACUCUCGGUAGAUCAAUCAAUCGUGUGGUGGAAACUCUGAAGUCGUUGCAAGAAAUGAACGCACAAUGGCCAGCAAUCUACCCCUCAGUUCAGCGCGAAGAAUCUCAACAUCAUCGACAGGACCCACGGCCAGGUUUGGUACAUACGCAAACUGGUAUCAGGUCAUCAACACCUGAACCUCGUCCGGGACAAGUGCGACGUGCUAUGACAUCUAUCGGUGAGGGUAGCAGCAAUGCGGAGUCGAGUCAAGCUGCGGAAUCAAGAUCAACUCCGGAACCCCGACUUGUAACACCACAGAUCGCACAGGAGUUUUCUAUCUUAAAGUUGGAUUUGAAAUUGGGAUCCUUACAUCAAACCGAGUUGGUACAUUCUUUGGAAAAGGCUUCGAUCGCAUCUCUGCUUGAUGGAAAAAUUAGUUCGAGCAUAAAUCAUUUACUCUCACUACGAGAACGGAUCGAAGAUUCUUCGAGUAAGGUCCUAGUGACGGGAGAUUUAAACACUGGAAAAUCGACAUUCUGCAAUGCACUUCUGCGACGAAAGAUUUUACCAGAGGAUCAACAACCUUGUACGAGCAUAUUCUGUGAGGUUUUGGAUGCGAGAGAAAAUGCAGGAAUCGAAGAAGUACAUGCGGUACACAAGGAAACCAUCUACGAUCGACAUGACGAAAGCACUUUUGACGUUUACACGAUUCAAGAUCUGGAACAGCUCGUCCUUGACAACGAUACUUACACACAAUGCAAGGUCUACGUCAAGGAUGUACGCACAAUUGACGAGUCCUUACUGAAUAACGGAGUGGUGGAUAUUGCAAUCAUCGAUGCGCCUGGUCUCAACUUGGAUACUACGAAAACAACUGCGGUGUUUGCUCGACAGGAAGAAAUUGAUGUAGUCGUCUUCGUUGUCUCGGCGGCCAACCACUUUACACAAACUGCGCGAGAAUUUAUUUGGGCGGCAGCCGCGGAAAAAGCAUAUAUUUUUAUGGUUGUCAAUGGAUAUGACAAUAUUAGAGAUAAGGAACGAUGCCAAAAAAUGAUUUUGGAGCAAAUUCAAGGUUUAAGUCCUAGAACUUUUAAGGAAUCCUCUGAACUCGUUCAUUUCGUAUCGAGUAACGCUAUUCCUACUGCUGCACUUGGCCCUCCUGGUCCACCGGGUGGAAGUGGUGGCGGAAGCGGUAGUUCUAGUGGAGGUAGCGGUGAUGGACCGGAUUUCGAUGAUGGCUCAGAUCCGAAAGGGAAGGGCAAGGGCAAGGACAAGGAAAAGAUUAGAGACUUUGAGAUUCUUGAGCAGUCACUGCGUCGAUUUGUUCUCGAGAAGCGAGCUAGAUCCAAGUUGGCUCCAGCAAAGACUUACUUACUCAAUGUUCUGAGUGAUAUUCAAAGUCUUGCCACUGUCAAUGCAGAGGUUGCACAAUCUGAACUGGAUCGUGUUACCAAGGAAUUAGCAGAUAUCGAGCCAAUGCUCGAGGCUUCUCAAAAGGCAAAGGCCGAAGUCAGCGAUGAUAUCGACCGAACUAUUGAUGCAACAUGCAAGGGCAUUUACGAUUACACCCGCUCGACGCUCAACGAUACAAUAGCUAGAACAGCUGAUGGUGAUCUUGGCAUUCCAUAUCCAGGACUAUUCGGUGCUUUCCAGUAUGCCGAUGACAUCAAGGAAGCUAUUAUGUCCGAAAUAUCUGCCACAGUCUCCGCCUGUGAAGAACAUGCACGUCGUAAGACAGUUGAUGGCGUAACACAGAUCAAGCAACUUGGCAUCUUACAUCUUGGUGAUGAGUAUACAGACUUGAGUUUCAGAAGCGACAUCAUGUUCAAGCGCAAGCGUGAUAUUCUUGCCAAGCAUCUUGACAUUGAGACUGAGUUGUGGGAUUUCUUUGAUUUUUCUACUCUACUUCAACGACAAGAGAAGAUGGCUGGAACUGGUAUGGCAAUGACUGUUGCUACUGUCCUUGGUAGUCGUGCAAUUGGCGGAUUCGGAUGGGUUGAUGGUGCUCUGUCUGCCGCAAAGAUUAUGGGUAACAAUAAUUUGCGUAGAUUGAUCGUGCCAGGAAUAUUAGCAGGAGCUAUCGCCGCAGCUUACUACGUCCUGAACCAAAUUCCCCAGUCACUUCCCCAUCGCCUCUCCUCCAAGAUCUCUACUCAACUUUCUGCAAUUGAUUACGUACACUCCAACAGUGAUCGCAUCUCUUCAUCAGUACGCAAGGUUCUUCGAUUCCCUGCCGAUAAUCUUCGAGUUGGUCUUCAACGUUCAGUUGAACAACUUGGUACCAAGCGUGAAGAGACCAGAAAGAUCAGGGGUGAAAGUGAAGUUGCUAGGAAGUAUUUCGGCAACUUGGUCAACAAAAGUGCGGAAAUCAGAAAUAAUGUCGAGAGUGUGGAUUUGGAGGGACCAGCUCCAGGAGUGGCCGCUGCAUACGAUGCUUAG